AUGUUUGAUGACCUCCAAUCUCGAGCAUCAGCGCCGACCGGCGAAGACGACCCCUACAACCCAAAAAACCUCCCAACCCCCAGAAAAUGGCUCAUCGUCAUCAUAAUCUCCAUAUCAUCCCUCUGCGUCACCUGCACAAGUGCCGCCUACACAUCAACUUACAAACAACUCGAACGCGACUUCCACAUAUCUCGCGAAGUCGCCACACUCGGCCUCACAACCUUCGUCUGCGGCCUCGGUCUCGGUCCCAUGAUUUUAAGCCCCCUCUCGGAAUUCUACGGGAGGAGGAUCGUGUAUAUCUGUGCUUUUGGGAUGUUCUUGGUAUGGUUGGUGCCGUGCGCGGUGGCGAAUAAUGUUACGUGUAUGCUUUUUGUUCGGUUUUUGGAUGGGUUGGCGGGUUCGGCGUUUUUGAGUGUCGCCGGGGGAACGGUGGGGGAUUUGUUUGGCAAGGAGAGGUUGAGUGCGCCGAUGAUGGUUUAUACGGCUAGUCCGUUUGUGGGGCCGGAGUUGGGUGAUUCAGGCUUUAUCAAUCAGUAUGCUGAUUGGCGAUGGACAUUUUAUGUUCUAAUCAUAUGGGCCGGUGUCCAAUGGCUUCUACUCGUGGUCUUUGUUCCAGAGACGUAUGCUCCAGUCCUCCUCCGGCGAAAAGCCAUCAAGCUCCGUCAAGAAACGGGAGACCAGCGCUGGAAAGCUCCAAUCGAAAUCCUGAACAGAUCUGUUCUUAGAACCGUCCUAUGGUCUUGCAUCCGUCCAUUCCAAUUACUAUUCUUCGAACAGAUGUGUCUAAAUCUGUGUCUUCUAUCCGCAAUCCUACUAGGAAUCCUCUAUCUGUUCGCAUUCGCGGUCGUGUUCCAAAACAAUCAUGGUUUCGAUGAAUGGCAGACGGGAUUGACGUUUCUUGGGCUGUUUAUCGGGAUGCUUGCAGGUGUCUCCUGCGAUCCAUUGUGGCGGAAAAAUUACAUUCGACUCGUGGAGAACAACGACGGUGUCAGCGAGCCCGAGUUUCGGUUACCUCCCACAAUUCUGACAUUUUCCUUCGUCCAUUGGAUAGUGCCGAUCGUCUUUUCCAUCUUCUUUGGGCUAGGCAACAUUUUCUGCUUUAGUGGCAUUUUCACGUUCCUGGUUGAGGCCUAUCCUCUUUACGCCGCAUCUGCUUUGGCGGCCAACUCAUUCGCAAGGUCGAGUUUUGCCGCAGGCUGGCCAUUAUUCGGAGUGCAAAUGUUUGAAGGACUCGGGUACCAAUGGGCGACGACGCUCCUUGGGUUCCUGGCCCUGGCGAUGACGCCGUUCCCCGUCCUAUUUUUCUACUGUGGGAAGAAGUACAGGGGCGAAUCGCGCUUUGCGCUGGCACGGUAG